AUGUUCUUCAAACUCUUCGUCUUCGCCGUUGUCCUGGUGUCAUUCGUCUGCGCCAACCCAGAGCCACAACCAGGUUACGCUGCUGGUCUCGGCUACGGUGCCCGUAGCUUUGGAUACGGCGGUUAUGGAGCUCGCACCAUCGGCUACGGAGGAUACGCCGGCGGAUAUGGCGGAUACGGCGGCUACGGUGGCUACGGUGCUGGUCUGGGAUACUCUGGAAUCGCCCGCACUGCUGCCAUCGGCUACAGCGGUCUUGGCUACGCUGGCGGAUACAGCGGUCUUGGAUAUGCUGGUGGCUACGGCGGUCUUGGCUAUGCUCACGGAUAUUAG